UUUAGCGUUUCCUUUUGGAUUGCUAACAAACAGCUAGGGAGUCCACUCUUCACUUCUAGACGCUAACUCAGUGUAGCUGCUUGUCACUAGGUGGCAUUCGGUCAGGACCAACUAAAUACAGAAACAAUGUGACAACUUGUUUGAGAUGGAAGUUCUGUUAAGGGCGCUCAUUGAAAAGAAGAGCACUUCUGUGAAAUCUGGCGUGAAAAAUAUCAAUGGUGUACACCUGCAUUACCAACAAACAGGAAGUGGCAGUCAUGCAGUGUUACUUCUUCCUGGAGCCCUAGGUAGCAGCCACACUGACUUUGGGCCUCAGCUUGAUUACCUAAACAAAGAGUACUUCACAGUUGUGGCCUGGGAUCCUAGAGGAUAUGGAAACUCCAUACCCCCUGAAAGAGACUUUCCUCUGGAUUUUUUCUCACGAGAUGCUGGUGAUGCUGUAGCUCUAAUGAAGGCUUUAUCAUUUAACAAGUUUUCUAUGCUUGGAUGGAGUGAUGGUGGAAUUACAGCACUAAUUGCUGCUGCAGUAUAUCCCUCAGUUGUGAAUAAGAUGGUUGUUUGGGGAGCAAAUGCAUACGUUACACAAGAGGAUUUACAGCUUUAUAAUGCUGUUCGAGAUGUGUCUACCUGGAGUGAAAAGAUGAGAAAACCAAUGGAGAAAAUUUAUGGACCAGAGUAUUUUGCUAAAACCUGGUUGAAGUGGGUUGAGGGCAUUAGUCAAUUUGCACUCCAGCCUGAGGGCAAUAUUUGUCGAGAGAUGUUACCUCAGAUUGUUUGUCCAACAUUAAUUAUUCAUGGCCAGAAAGAUCCCAUGGUACCAGAUUUCCAUCCAGAAUUUCUUCACAAGCAUAUCAAGAAUUCUCGGCUGCAUUUGAUGCCAGAGGGGAAACAUAAUUUGCAUCUGAGAUUUUCAAAAGAUUUUAACAAACUAGUUGAAGAAUUUCUUCUAGAAAGAUGACUGCAGAAAGACAACUGAAAGAUAUCCUUCAAUGAAUGCUUAAAGCACAGUAACACUUCAUAUCUAGCAUAAUGAUGUAUUUCCAGAAACUCAGAAAUGACUUGUUUUCAUGUAUUUUGAUCUUGACUUUUGAACAUCUUAAUACUGUAUGAGUAAAAACAAAAAGUUAAGAUGGCUGUAGUGAUUUUUGCAAAUUCUCCAUGAGCUGAUACAAUAGGUAGGUAACCUGAUGAUAAACUUUUCAGUAAGACUAUUUGGAAUUUAGAAAAUACUCUUCUGUUGAUGCGCAAACUAAGGUUGUAUUUAAAAAAUCAGUUCAGAAAAAGAUGCCAUAUAUUGUUUCAUGCAAUUGAGUAAAAAAGUAAUUUGUUUUUGUAAAUGCAUUAAUUGCUUAUGUAAUUUUAAACCAAAACCAUCUGACUUAAAGGAAUGCUUUAAUAAUAGGUUGCAGUAUAGUUAAAUGUGAUAUUGAUUACUUCAAUGUUUUUUUUUUUUGUUUGUUUUCCACUUAAUAUUAAAACAUAACUAUCCCAGACCGAUUUAAUUCA